GCCGCCACCACCAGAGCGAGAGAGUUUAUGCCUUGCGUAGGGCGCAUAAAUUUUCUUCGUCGGCUAUCCUGAUGACGAUGAUGCUAUAGCGUGCUGCACUCGGUACUGUGUUGGUGAGGUCGGGUGCGAUAUCCUUAUUUCGCGAGUGUGACGUCGCGAUUUUAAUCCUUCUCCUUCGGUGUUCUCGAGAAUCGGCAAGUUCAAUUCGAACUCAGUCAAGGUUGGUCGCUCGGCGUGAGCGAAUGCUGAAGUAAAAGUGCGCGUAGCUUGUCCCCACCGUUGAUUGCAAUAGGUGGACUACGGUUCCAGAAGAUGUUAAUGUUUUAAGUGCAUAGUGAACUGUUGUAUGUGGACCGUGAAAAGUGUGUGCAGAUUUUUUUUUCUCAUCGAAGAAGGAAUGGAAUGCUGUGAAGUGCUGUGAAAAGCAAUAGAAGGAAGCAAAUUUUCUCGUGGGAAGUAUAACAGCUGGCACGGAAUGCAGUCUGGAAUGUUCGGUUUGCGUUGAGCCGGAAGUCCCCGGGACAAGCUACGCGUACUAUUACUGGCCCUUCCUUUUCAAAGCCGCUAUUUGGAACUGGCCAGUUUGGGAAGUUUGGAUUCGCUGCGGAAUCCUUUGUCGAAGCCGUUUUUGCCAGCGCCCUGCAGACUUUGUGUGAAGGAAUUUUCCCAUGCUGGGGGAGCCACCCUCUCUCACACUGCAUUGAGGUGCGUCAUCUACGUAUUUAGUGUGCAAAAGCACCAACACUGUUGAAAACAAAAGCAACAACAUUAGUUGACUGUGUCGUCGUCGCCGCCGUCAUCAUCACCGCCGUGUUGUGAAAGUUAAACAUAUAUAGUUUGCAAGGAUGGCGCUGGAGAAGAAGCAGAACGAAAUCAUCGUGUUGAACGAGGGUUACUCCUACAUGGAGAGUGGUGACGAUUCGGUGAUGAUUGCGAAUUGCACCUGCACCCUGAUCAAAAGCCACGAUUGCAACAUCAUAGUCGACACUAUGACCCCUUGGGACGGCGAUCUACUUUUGCAAAAGUUGCAGGAAAAUCGCCUAACACCGGAUGACAUCCACUGGGUGGUGAGCACACAUGGACACUCCGACCAUCUGGGGAAUAAUAACCUGUUCCCGAAGGCAAAGCACAUUGUGGGAACUAAUAUCUCCCAGCGGAAUCGUUACUUCAUCCAUGAUUUCACAAGUGCUCCCUACCGUUUGUCGGAUACGAUCGAAAUCGUCGCCACGCCCGGUCACACGUUGUCCUGCGUUUCGGUGUUGAUACGCCAGAGCAACCUAGCAGCACCUAAUCUGUCCGGUAUCGGCGACCACAAGGACGCUACCGGUACCACGGUAGCCAUCGUCGGGGAUCUGUUCGAACGGCGUGACGACAUUGCUGACAGUGCCCUCUGGCUGGAUGCCGGGAGCGAAGAUCCCACGGCACAACGUCGCAAUCGCGCCCGUAUGGCGGCCAUUGCCGAUUAUUUGGUGCCGGGACAUGGACCGAUGUUUGCCGUGGAUGAGCAGGUUAGGGCGGAGCUGAAACGACAGGCUGGAGGAGAAGAUGAGGUGGAGAUGAUGCAGAAUGCCAAGGAAUGAUUGCUGAAGGUCGGGUGGAAAAGAAGAAGAUAGCGAGGCGAUCGCAGUCAGUUUUGAUAGUUUUUUUCUGAUUUAUUACGAGUUGUUUGAAAUGAGUUUAAGUUUGAAGUACGGCUUGGGGUUGCUUAACAGUGGGCAUCAUCAAUGGAAUGAUUUCAAUCAGUGUUAUUAUGAUGAAGCCGAUGUAAUGCUUUCGUUGUGUAUUUUUCACAAAUAUGCUCUAUCGAAAUAUAAUUUUCAAAUGAAAUGAUUGUUGAAAAAAAAAAAUGCUUUUGAGUAUUGUUUGAAUAUUGUUACUCACGUUUUGGUUUGAAAUAGUUUGUAUCAGCUAAUAAAACAAUUUUGCAGGAUUGAAAAUCCACAAAGAAUAUAUUGAAGAAAAGAAGAAAUAUUAAACAAGCACGAUAUUAAUAUGCAAAUUUAUGAUCAUACAUGUAUGUUAGUGGAAUUAGAGUUUCAAGUUUCUUAACAAUUAUGUAUUUGUGACAUGGUAAAACAAAAAACACGUAUUACUGAAAACAAGAAAAACAAACAAAAAUGUAGUAGUUUUAAAUGUUUAAUCUUUGUUCGAAGGAAAACAAAUAGUUCUACAAUUGCAGUUGAACGGUACCAAUUUCCAAAAAGGUUGUGCUGAAAUAAGGAAAAACAAACACAGUAGUAGAGAACCAUGUUUUGGACCCGCCCGGUUCUGUAGGAGCCUGGGCGGGCCGUGCUUCAGAACAAGAAUGCCAAUGAACACAAAAAAUACGCAUACUAAAAUACUAAAUUAUGAUUGUUUAUUUGUUUAGAGAAAUUAGGAUCGGUACAUAAUAAUACAUCGUUUCAACAGAAGGUACUCGCAUUCAACAACAUCUCGUUUGCGAGCCGAAAGAAAGUAUCAACAUCAACUUUCACACUAUUUGGAUCUAAUUCGAUUUAAAACCGGAGAAUAACAUCAACGAACGGAAGAAACAUCUGGAAAAGUGUAAGGAAAGCUAAUGUCACUUAUAUAAAACCAAAACAAACAAAAAAACAAA